GACAAAACAUGGCCGCGUCCAUUGCUGAUUGCUUUGACCGUUUCAACGGCGAGUAGCGUGCUACGGUCGCGUGAGUUUUCGUGUGGUCGGGACGACGGCCGCGGUAACAGUGAAGAACGGAAAUGAACUCUACGGUUCUCCAACAGACUGUGUUGCGCCAUUCAUCAUUCCUGCUCUUUCAAAGCAGCAAGUAUGCGAAGAUCGACACCAGACGUGGACCGUUCUUCAAAAAUGCCCGGCUAUGCAGCAACCCUUCUGUCUCUAUGCAGAGGACCCAUCAGUCGGUAGAACUGCAAGAGGAGGAAUGGUGCGAUAUCCGUCGGUACAGCGUCACAGAUUUUCCAGACCUGGCCGCCGACAAGGAAACUAAGCGACGCCUACGACCGCUACUGCGUCAGCACAAGCUGAGGCUACGCCACGGCUUAUUAGCGCCGCUAAACUUGACUCGGGAAAACGUGAUCGACUUGCUAGCUCAGCCAUCGUUUACCAAGAAGUGUAGGUUCUUCGAGUACCUCGCGCACAAGGAAAGGAAGCUUCUCCGGGAACUUGAACGCGAGGCGGGCGUUGUAGUUCCCGCGACACCCGAGCCGAAGCCACCGAGCCUGCCGUUCGUGCCGCACACGGCAGACUACACGGACGAAUACCGGCUUUUCGGCAAUUGCUUUUUCAUACGCCUCCGCGAAGCAGCCAUAAACACCUUCUACGAGUCGAGACAGAUACCUGCUGUGCUGUUCGGCCAGAGCCUCGUGUUCGAUAUGGGCUACGACGACCAGAUGACGCCCAGGGAAUGCAACAAAGCUGUCAUUGAUCUCAAGGCAGUCUACAGUCGGAAUCGGUUCAGCCGCGACCCUUUUCAUUUGCAUUUUUGCAAUGCGAACCCGAAGCACAGAACGACGGAGUUGCUGCACAAUACGCUGUUUAAGCCCGCGAAGCACACUACGCUUUCAGAAGUGACAGAGCGCAGCUACCUCGAUCUUUUUCCCAAGGAAAAGAUCGUUUACCUGACUCCGGAAGGUAAAGAAACGCUCGAUGUCUUCGACCACGAUGCCGUGUACGUGGUCGGGGUGUUGGUGGAUAAGGACACCAAAGAAGGCGCAACGUUUGCAAAGGCCAUCCAAGAGGGAGUAAGGACAAUGCGGUUCCCACACACCUUCACACUCGAAUGGGAAAAGGAUAAAGCCAAAGCAUUGCACUUGACUGACGUUAUGAAGAUUCUGCUAGCAUUGAAGCAAACAAACAAUUGGGACCAUGCUCUUAAAUUUAUUCAUCCCAAGCUAAAUGUGUCCUAGCAGUCAAAUAUAAUAAGCAUCUGCUUAUUUGGUGAUAAAUACAAAAUAAAUAAAAUUUGCAUGUACCAUUUCUAAGAUACAUACCGACGGUUUAAUAGCAGUGUGCGACAGCUGCUAUUGUACAAGCACAAGGUUGUGUAGAAUGCAUGCUUCAAACACUAAAACCUUUAUAUUUGUAGCAUUAUCUUUUAAAUAAAUUUAAUAGCCCUACUCAUGUCUUUAAAAUAAAAGCAUAUUGACGAGCUU